UCGAGAGCACACAUGUUACUUACCUUUUUAUGUGUAUGGGUAUAAUAGUCCUGUGUGUUAGUAUUACUAUGGUAGAGAUCGCUACGAUGGAUCCCUGUUGGGAUUUUUACAAGUUUAUUGGCUUUCUGAUUAUACAAUUGUUGCAUCUGUUCUGUCUAACGAUGCAGGGACAGUUCGUCAUAAAUUCGUCCGAUGACAUUUACGAUGCAAUAUACGAAGCACGAUGGUAUAAUACGAAUCCAGAAAUGCAAGCAUUUUACGUACUAGCAUUACGGCGAUGUCUAACUCCACCCCGUUUAACUGCCGGCGGUUUAAUACAAUUGAACAUGCAAAGUUUUUCAGAAGUAAUGUAUCACUAGUGUUAUUUUGUAUAAUUAUGACACAUUC